CAAGCACUGGAAACACUGCAGCCGUGCUGUCUCGAGUUAGGUACAAUAUGUGGAGAUGUGGAAAGCAUCUCGGAGGCAGCACACUCCCCCUUCUCGCAGUACACAGACAGCUGUGUGCGAGGAUCACUUGCAUUUGCUCCUGACCAAGGAAAGGCUUAGUGUGUCUAGCAAUGUGAGUCCAAAGGAAUGUAACCUGUUCCUUUGUGUUAGGAUUUACUGACCAAGCACUGAGCUGAUUUGGUUCCUGGGGACUGGAGAAGCACAUGAGCAAAUGCACUUCUCUCCCCUGGUGGGAAGCUGGUUUGAUGCCUUAUUACCGUAAUUGCCAAAUCUGUCAGUCAUUGCAGGCUGUCUCCAAGACUUCAUCCUCUUUCACCCUCUGCUCAGGAAGGAGAGCCAGCUUAUUUUGACAAUGCUCACAGAAAAGUGCUUGGCAUUUGUUUAUUCUGCACUGUAUCUCUGGUCAUCCUUGUUCCUCUCACUAUUUAAAGUCUCUCAGCAGGGUGAAAGCCAGAGACGCUUGUACAGAGAGCUGCUGAGGAACUACAAUCGUCUGGAACGACCUGUAGUGAAUGACUCCCAACCACUCAUAGUCGAGCUCCAGCUUUCCUUGCUGCAGAUAAUUGACGUGGAUGAGAAGAAUCAGGUGUUGAUCACCAAUGCUUGGCUACAGAUGUCCUGGGUUGAUGUUUACUUGUCCUGGGAUCAGUAUGAAUACCCAGGAGUGCAGAACCUGCGAUUUCCUGCUGACCAGAUUUGGGUACCAGACAUUCUUCUGUAUAACAGUGCAGAUGAAAGGUUUGAUGCAACAUUUCACACAAAUGUGCUGGUGAACUACUCUGGAUCCUGCCAAUAUAUUCCUCCAGGCAUUUUGAAGAGCACGUGUUACAUUGAUGUCCGCUGGUUCCCCUUUGAUGUGCAGAAGUGUGAUUUGAAGUUUGGCUCCUGGACUCACAGUGGCUGGUUGAUUGACCUGCAGAUGCUCGAGGCUGAUAUUUCCAACUACAUCUCAAAUGGAGAAUGGGAUUUAGUGGGUGUCCCAGGGAAGAGGAAUGAGAUGUACUAUGAAUGCUGCAAAGAACCAUAUCCAGAUGUGACGUACACUAUCACCAUGCGUCGACGCACCCUCUACUAUGGCUUGAACUUACUCAUUCCCUGUGUUCUCAUAUCUGGCUUAGCACUGCUUGUAUUCCUUUUGCCAGCUGAUUCAGGGGAGAAGAUUUCUUUAGGUAUCACUGUCCUUCUUUCUCUGACUGUAUUCAUGCUGCUUGUGGCUGAGAUCAUGCCUGCAACUUCUGACUCCGUCCCACUAAUAGCUCAGUAUUUCGCUAGCAUCAUGGUCAUCGUUGGUCUGUCUGUGGUGGUAACAGUGCUGGUUCUGCAGUUUCACCAUCAUGACCCCCAAGCAGGAAAGAUGCCCAAAUGGGUCCGUGUCAUCCUGCUGAAUUGGUGUGCUUGGUUCUUACGAAUGAAAAAACCUGGGGAAAAUAUAAAGCCCCUCUCCUGCAAAUACAGCUAUUCCAGUCACCACCUGAGUGUAAACAGCAUGGAGGUGAACGUCCUUCCCGGGCACCAGUCCAGCAACGGCAACACCAUCUACAGCUACCACGCCAUGGACAGCCCGUGCUGCCCCCAGAAGAACGACCUGGGCAGCAAGGGUGGAAAGAUGACUUGCCCCUUAGCAGAAGAUAUUGAGCUUGUGCAAAAGAAAGCUUUAAUGGAUACUCUUCCAGUGAUGGUGAAGAUCCUGGAGGAAGUCCAGUUCAUAGCAAUGCGGUUCAGGAAACAAGAUGAGGGUGAAGAGAUCUGCAGUGAGUGGAAGUUUGCAGCUGCUGUCAUAGACAGAUUAUGUCUGGUUGCAUUUACCCUUUUUGCCAUCAUUUGCACAUUCACAAUACUCAUGUCUGCUCCCAAUUUUAUAGAAGCUGUUUCAAAGGAUUUUGCAUAAGGUUUUCAAAGAUGAGCAUGAUAAUCAAAAAGUGAAUAUUGCCAGUAAUUUUACUAGAUAAUUUAACUCAAAUAGAGAAGUGUACUUAUAUGUGCUACCAUACACAGAAGGGGAUUAAAAUAAAUUCAGGGCAUAAUUAUUCCUGAUGUUAGUGAUUGUAGUUACUGAAUAGUAAAUAUAUUGAACUCUGUUACUUAUUUCAUAGACUAGUGCCACAUGUAAUUAUGUCAUGAUCUGUGGUAGGUGAUAGACAAGAAUUCAAUACAUUAAAAUACUACAAUGUAUUUAUUACAAAUUAACAUUAGUAUCAACGUGUUACUAUGAAUUUGUGAACCUUCAGAUAUUAUUAAUUUAAAUAAUCAUUGACGACUAUAAGUUUUGCAUAAUUUUGUUGAUUUCAGUACGUUUGUGUUUUAUAAUUACUUGGUGUGGCUGUGACAUGCACUUCUCAAAUUUGAAAGACAUAUCUCCACAGUCUCAUGAUGCUGUAUAUUGUAUUUAUGAAAAUAAACUGUCAUCAUAUUAGCUCAAACUA